AUAGAAGCUUUGCUUUGCCUUUGGCUAUGUCCAGAAACAGAGUUGCUAAAGAUUACUCUUUUUUAUUCAAUUUCUUCUUUAAGUUAAAGGUUUAAAUUCAGUUUCACAGGUCUGUUGCUUCUUCUCAAUUUGAAAGAGUGGAGAAAGCAGGAGAAUUACUUACCAAUUAUCUCAAAUUUUAGCCUGAAACAAUGAAACAAGUGCUUUUAUGCGGGAAUUGAUCUUAGUUGAGUUUUUAUUGAAUAAGAGUGAAGUGUAGUUUAGGUUUUUCAAACAUAUUGUGAUUUUGCAAGUAAUUGAAGUUUAUUCUAUUGACUGGAUAGAAGGACAUGGGAUAUGCAGCUACUCCUUGGAACUCUCCGGUUGAGAUUUGCCGUUUUCAUGGUUCGCCAUGGGGUUUGAAGCAACCUGGCCUAUGUUGUAGCUCUCGGAAGUACUCAACAGUAAACGUAUCUACUUUUCAUUUAAUUUGUUUGAUCAAAUGUAGUCGUAGAAGCCAAUCUUGCUUGCCAUGGAAGGUAGAUAAUGGUUCAGAAAGAGAGGCAUUUUCUUUACGGUUCAGAGCACUGCAGAGAAGUGUAUGUAUUGACAGAGACAAAAUUGAUCAAGAUGAAUGGGGGAGUUCAGAAGAUCAUAUCCCGCGUGUUAAGAGAAAAUUCAAAGAGCAAAUAAAUUCAAAAAGGCUUUCUAAUUCUGUGACAUCAGUUUUAGAUGGACCUCUUGUUAGAAAUGAUGAGGAAACCAACAAUGAUAUUCUUCAGAAGUUCUGCAGCAAUGGAAGAUUGAAAGAUGCAUCACGGUUGAUAGAAAUUAUGGCCCGUCAGAAUCAAAUUCCUCAUUUCCCUUCUUGCAUAAACUUAAUCAGGGGUUUCCUAAAAGUAGAUGAGCUUGAUAAAGCUGCCAAAGUUCUACAAGUUAUGAUAAUGUCUGGUGGGGUACCUGACAAUAUUACCUAUAACAUGAUGGUUCGUGGUCUUUGUAAAAGAGGGUGCAUAAGAUCUGCAAUUGAUCUUUUGGAAGACAUGAGCUUGAGUGGUUGCCCUCCAGAUGUGAUUACAUACAAUACAAUAAUACGCUGCAUGUUUGAUAAUGGGAUUUUUGAUCAGGCUGUUGGGUUUUGGAAGGAUCAAUUGAGAAAGGGAUGCCCACCGUAUCUAAUCACCUAUACCAUUCUCAUUGAGCUCGUCUGCAAGCAUUAUGGGACUGUACGGGCCAUGGAAGUAUUGGAUGAUAUGGCCAUAGAAGGUUGUUAUCCGGACAUUGUUACCUACAAUUCACUGGUUAAUUUUACUUGUAAACGGGGGAAGUAUGAGGAUGCUGCUUUAGUCAUAUAUAAUAUUAUAUCUCAUGGCAUGGAGCCCAAUGCUAUAACAUAUAACACCCUUAUCCAUUCUCUUUCUAGUCAUGGAUGUUGGGAUGAAGUGGAUGAGAUACUUGCCAUCAUGAAGGAAACUUCCCAUCCUCCAACUGUGGUUACUUACAACAUUUUGAUCAAUGGUUUGUGUAAAUAUGGACUAUUAGACCGUGCAAUCAACUUCUUUGAUCAAAUGGUUUCUCAAAAUUGUUCUCCAGACAUUGUUACUUAUAACACUCUGCUUGGUGCUCUUUCAAAAGAAGGCAUGGUGGAAGAGGCUCUUCAAUUACUUCAAUUUUUAAGUGGGAGCAGCUGCUCCCCUGGUUUGAUAACUUAUAACACUGUCAUUGAUGGAUUGACUAGAAGUGGUGAUAUGGAGAAAGCAAUGGGAUUAUAUGAUAAGAUGUUAGAAGAUGGGAUCAGUCCCGAUGACAUAACCCAUCGUUGCUUGGUUUGGGGAUUUUGCCGGGCAGGUCAAUUUGAGAGAGCUGUAGAGACCUUAAGGGUGAUGGGUGAGAGGGAGCACAGAGUGGGAAAUAGCGCUUAUAAAAUGGUAAUCCAUGGGUUAUGUAAAAAGGAGAAGGUAGACUUGGCCAUACAAGUUCUGGAAAUGAUGGUCUCAAGUCGGUGUAAACCAGAUGAGACAACUUAUUUGACUAUAAUCAAAGGUAUAGCUGAUGCUGGUAUGAUGGAAGAAGCUAACAAAUUGCAUCAAAAGUUGAUGGAAUGGCAGGUUUUCGGGGAAAGGACCCUGUUGAGUUAAAGACUUUGUGCAGAGUGAAAUUAGUUGAUCUUGAUAGCCAAUUUUUGGGCAGAGAGUUUUUCCAACUUCUGUUGAAACUUAUUUCAAUUUGAAGCUCCUUGCUUCUGUAAUCUCCUCAAAGCAUGGAGCCAUAGUGGUCUGCUGUUUACACCAAUGAAUUAGGACAACCUUCUCUCUUUACUUGGUUUUCAGCCUUUGCUUCAUCUAUUUAACUUCUUGUUGUCUUUCAUUAGACUGUUACUUGACUGGUUAGGUAUGGUUUUUUUCAAAGAGCAUGAAUGGAAAUAUCAUUUCUUUGGCUUCU